CACCUCUUCUUCUUCCUCUUCCUACGCGUGCCACUACUAUAUAUCUGCUCCAACUCUAAGGUUUCCAAGAUCGAAAUUCCUGACGACACUGGUAGAUAAUCUACCUCGCCGGCGCAUAACGCGGCAUUCUUUAACUACCCGGCGGGAAGGGAAUAAUCCACGGCGUGAUCAGGAAUCGGAAUCGUACGAAUUGCAUUGCUUCGUCUUCUCUCUCUCUCUGUCUCUCUCUCUCUCUUUCUUGUUCGUCGCCUGUCAAGUUUUUUUUAUCAGGGUUUUUCCUGAGAAAGAAAUUAAAAGAAAAAGCAACCAUGGGAGGGUGCAUGUCUGGCGAUGUGAAAGGCGGGAAGCAAGCGAUUGGCGGAACGUACUUGGCGCCGAUCCCCCGCGACGGCGGCGGCGGCGGCCAUAACGACGCCGUCGAUUUCUUCUUUAGGGCUCGUGGCGCCCAUCCCCUUUUCUCCCAAAUCGAGUUGUCAUUAUCAGCGUCGAAGUUACUCGAUCGGGAUAUAACCUCCAAGAGCGACCCCAUGGCUGUUGUGUAUGCCAGAAAAAGUGAUGGGAAAUUGGAGGAAGUUGGUCGUACAGAAGUCAUCCUGAAUAGCUUGAAUCCUUCAUGGAUUUCGAAGGUCACGAUUGCUUAUCAGUUUGAGAUGUUGCAACCGCUAGUCAUACACAUAUUCGACGUGGAUACCAGUUACCAUAACAUACCUGUAAAGUCACUGAAUUUGAACGAUCAGGACUUCUUAGGAGAAGCCAAUUGCUUUCUCUCUGAGAUAGUGACCAGACAAAACCGUACAUUAACUUUAACUCUCAAGAGCAGAAGUGGGCAUGACACAUCCAGAAACUUAGGCACAGUCAGUAUUCAUGCUGAAGAAACAGUUGCUUCCAAGACUGCAGUUGAUAUUUCAUUCCGUUGCUCCCACUUGGAUAACAAAGACAUGUUUUCUCUAAGUGAUCCUUUCUUGAGAAUAUCAAGAAUAGUAGAGAGCGGAGGUUCAAUACCAAUAUGCAAGACCGAGGUUAUUAACAACAAUCUGAAUCCCGUCUGGAAACCACAGUGUCUUACGAUGCAGCAGCUCGGAAGCAAGGACAAUCCAUUGGUUAUUGAAUGUCUCGAUUUCAACAGCAAUGGAAAUCAUGUCCUUAUUGGUAAGAUCCAGAAAUCUAUCUCGGACCUGGAAAUCCUUCACAGAGAGAAAGCCUGUGUCAAUUUAACAAUGCCAUCUCAUCGCGGUCCCGAUAAGGUUUUGAAGGGGCAGCUAUUUGUGGAUAAUUUUUUGGAAAAAGAACAGCACAGUUUUCUGGAUUACAUUUCAGGUGGCUAUGAGCUCAAUUUCAUGGUUGCAGUUGAUUUCACAGCUUCAAAUGGAGAUCCAAGGCUAUCAGAUUCCUUACACUACAUCGACCCCUUUGGCCGCUUGAACUCUUACCAAAAGGCCAUAAUGGAAGUAGGGGAGGUCAUACAAUUCUAUGAUUCCGAUAAGCAUUUCCCUGCUUGGGGUUUCGGUGGGAGGACACCAGAUGGUGCAGUAUCACAUUGUUUUAACUUGAAUGGAAGUCCAACUGGCUUUGAGGUUAAUGGUGUUGAAGGGAUCAUGUCUGCAUAUACAGCUGCUCUGCACAAUGUUACUCUCGCAGGACCAACAUUGUUUGGACGGGUGAUCAACAAUGCUGCACAAAUUGCAGGUCAAUCACUCUCACACGACCACCGGAAGUACUAUGUGUUGCUUAUCAUCACGGACGGAGUCCUAACAGAUUUCCAAGAAACAAAGGAUGCAAUUGUGAAAGCAUCUGAUCUUCCAUUGUCGAUUCUCAUUGUUGGAGUAGGAAAUGCAGAUUUCACGCAGAUGGAGAUCCUUGAUGGUGAUAAUGGUCGUCGUCUAGAGAGUUCCACUGGGCGAGUGGCUACCAGAGACAUCGUACAAUUCGUUCCCAUGCGAGAAGUUCACAGUGGGCGGCUCUCUGCUGUUCAGGCUCUUCUGGAAGAACUGCCAGGCCAGUUCCUUACCUAUGUACGGGCUAGAGAUAUGAAACCGGGCCCUCGGCCGCAGCUCGCUUGAUAGAGGAAGGGGUCAUUCUAGUUGCAGACGUUGCCGACGAGCCAUAGAUAAGGAACAUAGCUUUAACAUGACCAAGUGUUGAUAUUAGUAAGUGAGAGUUUGGGUAUACGGCAGGAAUCUGUUUCUAGUAGUACCUGCGUUGUUCAACAAACAGCAAUAUUUUUGAGUAAAUACUUGGCAACGAAGGGAACGAAUGACUAAUGAGCAUAUCCCUAUUCUACAAAGGCUAUAUGAUUUAUAUCUUUGGUUGUUCUCAUUUAGUUAGAAUUUCAACUAAACAAGUUCAAAUACAUGAUGUCAAAGGCCUUGACACCAUAACUAGCAAG